CUGUGACUGCCAUUUCGCAAAUGCUCACUGACCAUGAAGCGCGCUGGCCCGCCUUGUCAAUCCCCUCGAUACCCGCCAUGUCGAGCUCUCUGGCCAAUGCCAGACGCAAGUUCGAUGCCUCUGUGCGAGCUGCUCAUCUGCCGACAGACAUAGAUCCCCAAGACCUCGACGAGCCGGGAUUCAAAUCAGUGGCUGACAGUGGAGUACUCCUUAUAUCCGUUCUCCAAUCAAGAAUGAAUUGGUGCAACUCGAUAUUUCCUAAAUAUCGCCAUGAUAACGUGAUGCAACCGAGACGUGCAGCUAACACCAGGAAAAAGUGGCCAAACAUGAAAUUCAUCGGCACCUAUACAUUACACCUCGGCCCACACGUAUUUCCAGAAACCAGUUUUUACGAGGCCUAUAGGAUGGAGAGUUGGACGGAUGUAGGCGUUGCUGCUGGAGUGAUAAAGCCUAUGACCGCGCCUAAACCAGAGGUCGUCGACGAUUCCCCUGUUCUCGCAAAACCGGACGGCAGCCAGCACCUCACUGCAAUACAGUCCGAUGUGACCAUGGCUGAAGCAUCUCAAACGUCCGUUGUCACUGAUGAGGCGGAUGCUCCUCUUGUCAUCACGGAUGACAGUAACGAUAUGCCAGUUGAUGCACUGAAGGACGCUUCUAGUCAACCAACCAGUAACAUUGUCCCCAUCAGCGAUGUAUUACAACCACCAAAUGGAGCAUCCAAACUCGUACACUACGACGUCGUCUUUGAAUUCAAGGAGGUCCCAAAUGAGCGGUUUGUUCUUCCGAAGCUGGCUAUUGCUGAAAUGUUAGAAGAGCAGAAAGAGAUCCUUUUAUCAUUUAUGCUUCCGUUAGAACAAGCAUCGACUGAAGAUUAUUUCAAAGAGCCAAUGGCGAAAAUAGCCCUCUGGGGAAGCACGUCUGAAGAUGCUGAAAUCCAGGCAGCUGUUUCUAAAGCUCAACAAUUGCAGAAAUCAUCAAAGGAAAAUGAAGAAUCACACAGCGAGAAAGAAAAGGCACCAAAUCAUCAAGCUGUCAACAUUAAGCUACAAGGAGCUGACGAAAACAUUAGCAUUGCCAUCAAGAGAUUUUUACGGCCCGUAGAAGAGGUACAGAACAGCAUGAUGGAAAAGAUGCAAACGAUUCCAGUUCGGCAUUUCUUGCAAUACCGUACGUCAUACGAUGCAGCAGACGACACCAUCGAGCCUCUGAAAAAUAAGAUCAAUACUGUGCCUGAAAUCAUUACUGGACCUAUUGCUGCUGAGAAAAAACGUAGUGAGCUUUUAAAUGCCAUUAAACUUGGAAAGCGACCACGUAGCGACUACCAGGAACAUGAAGCAGCAACACAGAAGCGCGGUGCUACUCAUCAUCCAAAGGAUGAUAACCUUUUGAAAUGUCACUAUUGUAGUACUCGGCAUACAUCGAUGUGGAGACGUGGGCCAGAUGGUGGAGGAACGCUCUGCAAUGGAUGUGGGUUAAGGUGGAAGCAAGGCGAAAUCUUAGUUGGAGCGCCGGUGAUUAGCUGGCACGACGAGAAGCAGUUAGCCAAACAGAGAAAGAAGGAGGAAGAAAAGAUGGACGCAGAGCUUCCUCUUGAAGCCAAAGUUGAACCUGUCGAAAAGAAGAAAUUGGUCAAGCAGCCCUCUCAUCGUUCCAACGAUGGUUCCAAGGCCGAACAGGCAACGUCACCAAUUACCUCCAAGAACAUUGGUUACAUGGCAGCACAAAUUGUACAGCAGCAGCAUAAGCAGGUUAUGCUUCAAAAUGCCGCAAGUCAGUCGCCAUCUAGCCAAGGCAGCACUCCCAUUUCACCUUCACCAGCUGCACAAAGCUCCAUAGCAGCAACGAAACCACCAGCGAAAAGGAAGGUUUCUGCAAAAACCAAUACACCGUCUUCUGCACAAGCUUCUUCACCGUCUGACAACAACGCAACCGCAUCAUCACCCAACGCAUCCAGGUUAAUGUCAUCUGCGCCUGCCCCAACGCCCACGACAGCACCUAUGAAUGCUGUGCAGCAAUCUGUGACUAGUGGAGCAGGCAUACCCCUCCCUACUCUCUCUAUUGUCUUUAGCGAUAGCAUUGCUUUUACGCAUCCUAACUGUGGAGUUGCACUAUUGGAAGACAUUUUCUCUAUUAAGCUGCGAAAAGAUGGACACGACGCCACGACCAUUGAUAUACACAAGAACUUCUUACAAAAAAGUGAUUUUAACAUUGUGUUUGAAGGAGAGGCUAGACGCGAAAUUUUGGUCAUGACAGCAACCCUCUCCAGUCAGGAAGUGGUCAAUCGGUUCGACCAGGUCCUCAUUGAUCCGGAAUCAACAGCAAAACAACAUGAUGUCAAAAUUCGCUUUUUAGAGAAGCUGGACCCCUCUGGCGGUGGAGUGGUCAAACGCAUCCUUGAACGAUGGGUCACAGCAAAUCCCCUGGUCUCCAUGGUACCGCCCACAGACUCAUCCAAACCGGCCGACACCUCAAAUUAAUGAACCCCCCCCCCCCCCCGCAUUGUAUCAUACCCUCUCUCAGUCCCAUCUGUAUUAUAUUCACUGCACAACCGCAAGUUGUCAAUAAACAUUUUAUCGUUUAAGC